AUGAAGCUGUCAAGAGUUACACACUGCAUGCUCUUGACAGCUGGCUGUCGAGCUGCAUAUGUACAGUUCCAGGACUGCUCUGAAAGUCACGACUCUUCGUCACUCAUUCCGGAGAGUUUUCGCGCGUCUGUUGAGAGAGGGAGGGAUAACUUUGACUGGAAGUUUGAUCUUAUCGCUGGGUUGACGAAACGUAACUCUUGUGAAGCCGAUCUUUCUGAUAUCGUUCCUCGGUUUGCGGUCGUCGACUAUGGGAAUCACACUCCUUUCAUCUCAGGCGAGAUCGUCAAUAAGACAUGCUUCACGUCGAGAUUCCUUGGCUCGAGGUCAAAAUUUACUAUCGCAACAUCGUUUAACCGAUCAACCCUACUCGAUACUUAUAAAACCACAUUCGAGUUAAGAAACUCGGAUAACACAACACUCUCUUGCGUCCGUGCAGUCUUGACCCCGGCAGUUCCCAAAGCGAUACGUCUUCUCGGUCUUUGGCUUCCAAUCAUUACUUUUACCUUAGCUUGUCUUGCAGCAUGUUGGCCGGUCCGACAAAGCACCAAAUCCACCACCAAGAACUCACUCGUUGCACGCGCAAUCGAUGUACUGGCAUACAUCCAAUUCAUAUUCUUCUCAGGAGCCUUAAGCCUUCGAUAUCCCGGCUUCUUCCAACCAUUGGUCGGCCUUUGCGGCUGGUCUACUCUUAUGCUACCUACGGGAGUAGUCGAACGCGGCUCCCCUUAUGCACGAUCAGGUGUUGAAGAUGGCAUAUACGAGCACAACGGAACCAUCACUGGAGCGCCUGGCUUGGAGUUGCUCACUCAGAUGACUGGCUCCCCUACAAAGUCUCGAAGUUGGAUGAACACAUUCGUCUUGUCACUCAUUGUCUUUUUGUUUCUCUAUAUAUCUUCCUACAUCACCCAUCGACUCAAACAUGGCGAGACAAGCCCCGGAAGUUGCUUUGCCAAUUUCAGGUCUCAAUUCAAAACUCAGUAUUGGGCUGUUGUCAGACUGUUUCUCAGCUGUUUCAUGCUCCCUCUCAGCGCAUGGGCGACUUAUCAAUUUGUGGAUGGGAGCAUCUACGGCUAUGAAAACUCGGCAAUGGCUCUAAUAGUUCUCAUUCUGUUGUCAGCAGGAUUCUACUGGAGUUGGUCGCAAGACCCUGAGAUGGCUUCGCUUGUUAUGCAAGGCCCGGGUAGUGUCGGCAGGAACAGCAACAAGGGUCACAAAUAUUGCGCCUUGGUUGUAUUCUUCUUGAUGAUGCUGCGCGGGUGCAUCCUUGGUGGUCUCCAAACGUACAAUUCUGUCCAAGUUGGACUACUUCUAGCAUGCGAGGCGCUGCAUCUCGCGUCAAUGGUAUACUGGGCUGGGUUUUCCCACUUUGUAUCGCUUCCUGGCAUCUUAUCAAUGACCCGAAUAGCCUUGUUCUCUCUACAUAUCGGCUUUCUACCCGGGGUGACAGAUCACUCGGGUAGGAUGCUUGUCGCGUAUAUCAUUCUUUGUGGACAUCUCGCCGUCCUUAUUUUUGUUUUUUCGAUACCCACUGCAUUCGAUCUUAUCAAACUUGCGUUCAGCAAUCACCCAUGUGUUAUCUCUGAUGUCGAAAAUGACAGAGGAGCAGUUGCAGCUAAUGCGUCAUCGUCUGGAGAUAAUAACGAACUUGCUAAGUACCCGCUGAGCUACACAUCUAGAUCAAGUAGAACUUUACUGGACAUGAUCGCAAGUCGAGAGACCAAACUUUUUAGUCACGAGAGCACUACUACAAUAUCACCAGAACUUCUUUCAUUAUUUACGAGGACCGUGCAAGGGGAAGAUAAACUCAGCCAAGUGUGCGAGGUUUCCAAAGAGUUCACUGGCUCAUCUAGUACUCUUGUUGGUUCAGCAGAGUCAGAUUUAGACAUACAGCCAGCAACUGAUAUUUCCCCCGAUUCACUGGCUGCUCAUCUUCUUUCCAAUAGUAAUACGGCGAUUCAAAGCAUACCAACAUCUCAUGAUCUGGACCGCCCUGUCAACGAAUACUUCAUCUCCACCUCUCACAAUACAUAUCUCCUCGGCCGCCAAGUGGCCACUCGUUCGAAAUUGGAGGGCUAUGUCGAAGCUCUAUCCAGGGGAUGUCGAUCUGUGGAAGUGGACUGCUGGAAUGGACAGCGUGGACAGCCUAUUGUCAAGCACGGCUACAGCUUGACGAAGUCCAUCAACUUUCGGGAUGUCAUUAAGACCAUCAAGGAACAUGCUUUUGCUGCCUCCGAUUUGCCUCUUUGGUUGUCAUUGGAGGUACAUUGCAAUAAAUCCCAAAGAGAUAUAAUGGCUCGAAUUAUGGUUGAGGUCUUUGGUGAGUGCUUGGUCACCGAGCCAGUUCCAGAAUACACCAAGACACUGCCUUCGCCAAACCAGCUACGGGGGAAGAUAUUACUCAAAGUCAAGAUGCCACAAGGUGGAAACCCUCAAGAUAGUGAACAAGAGGAUGAUGAUGCUGCCAAUCUGGAUCUGGAGCAGAAUGGAGAUCAAGUAAACCCCGACUGGGGAGUGCAAAUUGACCCAGGUAUACCCCAAUCAGAACAGAACGGUCCCCAAGAGGACCUUUUACAAAGCCUAGCGAUCUAUGGCGCUGGCAAGCGAUUACCCGCUCCCGAUGCCAUCGAUACGCAUAGAAAUUUCAUCUACUCCAUCUCUGAGACAAACCUCAAAAAGCGUAUCAACAAGGAGCACACUCUUGGACUGACUGAUACGCAACACAUGGUCAGGGUGUACCCAGAUCCAAGCCGUGUCAACUCGUCCAACUUUAAUCCACUAGAGUGCUGGAAACAUGGUGUUCAGAUGGCGGCACUGAACUACCAGACAGAUGAUUUCCAGAUGAUGUUAAACGACGCCAUGUUUGCUGGUAGCUUGGGUUACGUCCUGAAAGCACAGCCAGAGCCCAAACAGAUCCGUAUCGCAAUCGAUGUUCUUACGGCUAAAGAUUUGCCAGGACUAGAAGGCGAAAGUCCUUUGUACGUUGAGCUUGAGCUUCUUCUGCCUGAUAUGUCUGGCCAAACGGAGAUCGUCUACUCGGGGGUCAAUGUAUUCGGGGAUAUCCAAGGUUAG